AUUGAAGAGUUCUUCCACGAAAUCUAGAUGCUCUAUAAGAAUUCUCCAUUGUUUUCAUUUAGAGAAAGAGUAAACGAGAGAAGAAAAAAUGGGAUCUCAAGGAGCUGCCAUUGUUCCGCAUAUAGUUGCCAUUCCAUUCAUAUGGCCAGGGCAUAUCACUCCACUCCUCCAUCUUUGCCAGCACUUGGCAGCGUCGGGGUGUCUCGUCACGCUCCUCAAGACCCCCGAGAAUUCACAGAGCGUUGGCGCCGAGAAGUGGGAAAAUGGCGUGCGAAUCAAGUCGUGCCUCCCGCUCGAUCCAUCCAAGCCCCUGCCGGCAGUUCACAAGGACGAUCAGGCCGCGAAAUUGGACGAGAUCCUGCGCUACUUCAAUCGUUUCCAGGCUCUCAAUGACGACGGGUCGGUGCUGACGAUCGCGGAGGAAGUGGGAAAGAGCUCUGGCGUCCCGAUCUCUUGCGUGAUCUCGGAUGUUUACGUUGGCUGGGCUCGCGAUCUCGCCGCCAAGCUGGAGGUGCCGUGGAUUGCGCUGUGGACGUCGACUGUGGCGGAGCUUCUCGUGUAUUACCACAUGCCACGCCUCAUCGCGCAGGGCAUUUUUCCAUUCGCAGGCAAUCCAUCCCACGAGAAAUUCUCGAUUCCAGGGCUUCCAUCGCUGCAGCCAGAAAAUUAUCCCACUUUUGGGUUGAUCCCAUUCGAAUCUCUCCACAAAAUUCUCCACACUUUCAAGGAAUUGGUCCAGAUGAUUCCCCGGGCUGACAGAGUGCUGGUGAAUUCGAUCGAGGGGGUUGAAGGGAAAGCAAUCGAUUCUCUGCGCAGCAGCGGGGUAAACAUCAAGCCCAUCGGGCCACUGCAUCUCCUCUCCGAGAAAUUGGGCACCAGCGCCCCGCAAGGAGAAGCCGAAUGCAAAAAGGAGAGCGAGAUCAUCCAGUGGCUGGACGCGAGGCCAGAUUCCAGUGUGAUCUACAUCGCAUUUGGCACUACGAUGUCAGUAGCCAAUGGGCAAUUCGAGGAGCUCGCGUCGGCUCUGGAAGAAUCGAGGCAGGAAUUCGUGUGGGCGAUUAGAGAUUCGUCGUUGAUUCCUCCCGGAUUUCAGGAAAGAAUGUCCAAACUAGAUCAAGGGCUUGUGGUGUCCUGGGCGCCCCAGCUGGAAAUUCUGGGACACAGAUCUGUCGGUGGAUUUCUCACCCACUGCGGCUGGAAUUCUGUCACAGAAUCCAUGUCAUUUGGAAUGCCCAUGGUGACUAGGCCCAUUUCCGGCGACCAAGUUCUCACGGCGAAGUUUGUGAUCGACGAAUGGGGCAUUGGAGUUGGAGUGCGAGGGAUUGAAAUUGGGUUAGAGCUAGCGCGCAAGGAUGAUCUCAAGAACUCGAUCAAAGCUCUUAUGGAAGCCGACCCAAAAACUAGCGAGAUUUGGAAGAAUGCCAGGCACAUCAAAGAAGUGGUAAGAACUGCCAUGAAGAACAAAGGAUCUUCACGGAAUAAUCUCGACUCUUUGGUGUGUGAUUUACAUCAGCGUGUCAAAAGCACUUAGAUAGAUUUUAUAUUUUUUUUUUGUAAUAAGAGGUAAUACUACCAUAAUUUAUACUCUAUAAUACUAAAUAUAUCACUAAAGUUUUCAAA